AUGCACUUGCAGCGCUUCCAUUGGUACCACCACCGCAGCCAGGAAGCAAGACGCUCCCUGCCGAUCCUCGGCGGUCCCAAACCGACGCCCAUCGAUGGCACUGGGAAUCCGCCCCCCUCCCUCCAGACCAUCUCCAACAACUCCUCCUUCCCAUCACCUCCCCCGGCCUCUUACACCCACACCCAGUGCGCCUCCUCCGCCCUCCUGGCUGCCCCGCUUGCCGACUUCGACAACCCGAGUCAGCCGCGAACCCUUCCUGUUUCUUACGAUGCCAACAAAGACAUCGACCACGACAAGGAGGAGGAGGACAGGUUGAUGUCUGCCGCGGAGCCAGGCCACAUCGUCUCCAUCCCCUUCACUAACCAACGUGCCACGGGCUCCACCGCGCGACACCUCCCCCCUAUUAGAAGCCGCGGACUCUAUUGGUUCAACCUCUCCCUCUCCACAACUUGUCCCACCUCGCCAAUCGCGCCAAACCAACAUACCACUCACAGCUUUGUUCCGUUACCAGUUACCCAACACUUUCCCUAG